AUGCCCCGCGCACACGAGUUCAUCCCCGACCUCUCUCUCCGCGUCCUCGACAACCGGAUCCAGCUUCUGGAAAAGCUUGGCUCGGGUUCGUACGGCGUCGUCUACCGCGCCCUCGAGCUGGACUCGGCCGAUGCGUUUGCGACUCGAAGAACAUUCGCCGUCAAAUGCAUGCUCCGCAACGAAGCUCACGACUGCAAAAAGACCUUCAAUAUCCGCGAGAUCGACGUGCAACGCCGAGUCCACUCGCAUCCUAAUAUCCUAACGAUCCACGAGGUGCUCGAGGAUGAAGAUUUGGUCUACAUCGUAUGCGAUUUCUGGGAAGGAGGAGACCUAUAUAACCACAUCUUCAUGGGAUCCGAAAGCGUCUUCUUCGGGAACGAUGCUCUCUUAAAAUCGGCCUUCCUCCAGAUCUUGGAAGCGGUCGAGUUUUGCCACAACAACUCCGUAUUCCAUCGAGACAUAAAAGCGGAUAAUAUCCUAUGCUCCUCCGACUUGAGCCACAUCGUCGUCGCCGACUUCGGGUUGGCGACGCGGCGUCCUAUAUCACGCCAAUUCGGGUGCGGAACAUCCUAUUAUCAGAGUCCAGAAUGUCUACAUCAUGAUGUCGUCGACAUCCGAGCGUAUUCCACCAAACACAGUGAUAUCUGGUCCCUUGGGAUCGUCCUCAUCAACAUCAUAUCCGGACGCGCACCCUGGGCGCGAGCUUCCAUGUCGGACGGUUGUUUUGAGGCCUUCGUCCAGAACCCGAAGUGGCUCCGUAUGCACUUGCCCAUCUCCGAGGAGGCCGAGAAAAUCAUCUGUCGCAUGCUUGACCCAACUCCGCAUCGACGCAUCACGCUUGAAGAGCUCAAGGAAGAAAUCAAGCGCGUUCAUACCUUC